UCCUCUAGCGGCAAAGUAAGAUAGUGCUUUUGGGACUCAGAGCUUCGAGCUGGGACUGGUUCCUUCGCAGCCAUUUUCUGUCCAACCACACGGCCGUUUUGAGAAGCUAACCAACCAGGGCAGUAUCGGAGAUGGAGGGAGACGGUUCAACCACAGAUGCCUCUCAGUUGGGCAUGCCAGGGGAGUACAUGGCAGGAAGCCACUACGUCCUUCAGUCACAGGAUGAUGACUGUGAUGAGAGCCUGCAUGACCAUGAGGAAGGCAACGGCAGCAAGGAAAACUUCCGCGAGCAGGACAUCUACCUCCCCAUCGCUAACGUGGCUCGCAUCAUGAAGAACGCUGUUCCACAGACAGGAAAGAUAGCGAAAGAUGCCAAGGAGUGUGUUCAGGAGUGUGUGAGCGAGUUCAUCAGCUUCAUCACGUCGGAGGCCAGUGAGCGCUGUCACCAAGAGAAAAGGAAGACCAUCAACGGAGAGGACAUCCUGUUUGCCAUGUCCACCCUGGGCUUCGACAUGUACGUGGAGCCACUCAAACUCUACCUACAGAAGUUCCGAGAGGCAAUGAAAGGGGAGAAGGGAAUCGGCGGCAUAUCUGUAACAGAGGGACUCAGAGAAGAACUCACAGACGACAGCUUCGCGAACCAGUUGCCUGCUGGAAUAAUAACUGCUGAUGGACAACAACAGAAUGUCAUGGUUUACACCACCUCGUACCAACAGGUAGCCUAGCGGUUAAGAGCGUUGGGCCAGUAACCGAAAGGUUGAAACCCUGAGCCGGAAAGGCAGUUAACCCCCAACAAUAACUGCACCGAUGACGUUGAUGUUAAGGCAACCCCCCUGACCUCUGAUUCAAAGGGGUUGGGUUAAAUGCAGAAUAAACAUUUUGGUUGAAAGCAUUCAGCUGUGCAGAUGACUAGGUAUCCUCCUUUCCCUCUUCCAGAUUCCCGGAGUGCAGCAGAUCCAGUUCUCUUGAGUAGGUUUCCGGAAUUCCCCGUUUGCAAUCGGAAACACGUUUGAAAUGGGGAAGAGAUUACAGCAUUACUGUACACUCAGGUCAAAAGAUAGUGGUGGGAAGACGGAAAGAGAGGGGAGUGUAUGCAGAACUUGCAUAGGUGGAAUCAGAAUCAGUUUUAUGUUCUGGUCACGAUAAAGAACUGAAUAGGAGACAAGUUAUUUGGCUUUUUUUGUUAAUUGAAGAUUUUCAGAGUCACUUUAUUCGGAUAGUCUGUAUUGACCAUCUGCAUAUGCUCUACAUCAGGGAAGGCAUUGAAAUUAUUUCAGUUUUCGAAUAAUAUCUGGAUAGUCUAAAUGUGCUUAAAGAAAAAUAUAUUUUAAAACUUCAAUGGAGACUUACUCGUGCGACUCGAGAGCCUGUUGGGGCGGCAGGGGCUGGUGUGUGUUUGUGGCAGUCUGUGUGGCACGGCGGGAGAGCGAGAGUAGCCAAACAGACUGACGCAGGUAAGAUAACCUAUGGCAGCAACAUGCUUGUCUAUCAUACCAUCUGGUAGUGCCUGUCUUGAAUCCAUAAAAUCAAUGUAAAAAAGCUAGCUAAAGUAGCAAAGCUAAUUCUCGACAACUCCUUUCAGAUUCCACAGCCUACCUGAUGGUUGCUCGUUGUAGCGGACUCUUCAUUUAGCCAACUUAAUUCCGUGAUGUUAAUUCCAUUUUGCAUUGAUUAUAAAUCUCCCACUUCUCUUGCUACAUAGAGCCUCUGACUGUAGCGCCGCUUUGAUUGACCAACAAGCUUCACGUUGGCUACCAGUGUGUCUUUUUUAUGGGGCGCACUAUUAACUGUCAUAAAACUUGUUUAUUAAAAUCCUUGUAGGCUCUGUAACAAUGUUCAUUUUAGACCAAACCUUUAACUUUUGUUGCGCCUAUUUUCUUUAUCAAAAAUGAAUACUCUCAAAUUCUGACGCCCGUUCAGUUAUUGGAAUAACCGUGCCCAUCACUACACUACAAGAGGGAAACAACACACAUGGUUAAGUAACCGCUUGCAAAGGUAAGGGUUAAGAUUAGGGUUAGUAGAUAUUUGAAAUGUUACCGAUAGUCCAUCUGUAGAUGCUCUAGAGACUAUCCAAAUAAAGUGUUACCCUUUUCCCCCCUCCAUGUUGUCUAUCACUACAGUCUUUGUUUUAUGGGGGGGAUGAACAUAAGCUGAAAUGUCUGUCUAGGGAAUUGGUGACCUCUUUGACGACCUUGUAAAGCAAUAAAAACAAAAGUAGUUGAAUGUUGACAUCUGUACUCUAAACUCUGUUGUAAACAAUUGUAAGUGGCAUGCAAUUAUUUAACUAUUUUAUAAUUUCUGUAAAGUUAUUCUGUUGGUCCUUUUAAUAAAAAUGUAAGCGUGA